AGGGAGCGUGACGAGCCUGAGCUAAACGGCUGAUUUGAGCCAACAUGGUGGCCACGCGGUACAGAUUCAUAGCGGUAGUUCUUGCUGCUAGGGGCAGCUAGACAAGCGUAACCACAGUUUGCCAAGCUUGGGCAAGAUAGUGGAGAGAACCGAAGGUGCAGGAUGGCGCGGGUGGUGUUCCUCCAUCCAGACCUGGGCAUAGGUGGAGCAGAGCGACUGGUGGUCGAUGCUGCUGUCGCUCUGAAGUCUCAGGGAUGUGACGUUCAGAUCUGGACGGCCCAUCAUGAUCCGACACACUGCUUCUCUGAAACCCUGGACCCAGAUCUGCCUGUGGUAUGUGUGGGUGACUGGCUUCCCACCAGUGUGUUUGGCUACCUACAUGCCAUGUGUGCCUACCUGAGGAUGAUUUAUGUGGCCCUUUACCUGGUCUUCCUCAGUGGGGUGGAGUAUGAUGUCAUCUUCUGUGAUCAGGUGUCGGUGUGCAUCCCGGUGCUGCGACUUUCCCGUCACAGGAAGAAGGUUUUGUUUUACUGUCACUUCCCAGACCAGCUGCUGACCCAGAGGAAGUCGGCUCUGAAGAAGCUUUACCGUGCUCCCAUUGACUGGCUGGAGGAACGCACCACAGGCAUGGCUGACAUGAUUCUGGUAAACAGCAAGUUCACUGCAGGCAUCUUCAGGGAGACCUUUCAUAGUCUGAGCAGAGUCCAGACAGACAUUCUCUAUCCCUCCCUCAACACACUCACCUUUGACCAGUCGUCCACUGAAGCACAAGGCCUGGGGGGGCUGCUUCCCGAGGCCACCUCCUGCCUGUUUCUCUCCCUGAACAGAUAUGAGAGAAAGAAGAAUCUGGGCCUGGCUCUGGAGGCUCUGGCCUUCCUGAGGAGCAGCCUUCCUCCAAGCCAGAGAGCAGGCAUUCACCUGGUGGUGGCUGGGGGCUAUGAUGACCGAGUUACUGAGAAUGUUCAGCAUUACGUUGAACUGAAAGAGCUGGCAGCGCAGAUCCACUUGGAGGACUGUGUCACUUUCCUGCGUUCCCCCUCUGAUUCACUGAAGGUUGCGCUGCUACGGGGCAGCACAGCCGUGCUCUACACCCCGAGCAGGGAGCACUUUGGGAUAGUUCCCGUGGAGGCCAUGUACUGCUGCUGCCCUGUUAUCGCUGUGAACUCUGGGGGGCCCCUGGAGAGCGUGGCAGACGGGGAAACGGGCUUCCUGUGCGAGCCCACGGCCGAGGCCUUCUCUGAGGCCAUGGGGAGGUUCGUCAGGGAGCCGCAGCUCCGCAGGGACAUGGGACAGGCCGGGAGGAGGAGGGUACAAGAUAAGUUCUCUCUUCGGGCCUUCUCCGACCAGCUGUAUGGGUACAUUGUCAGGCUGAACCGGUAAAAAAAAUACCUCAUCCUGUACUGAUACUGUGAAACUGACAGUGGACGACUGGGGUCCACAGAGAGAUGAAGUGGAUGUCCUUUAACAGAGAAUGUAUGUGUAUAUGUGCAGGGAGGUGAAGGGGUAUUAUGACGACUUAGAGGACAAUUAAUCAGCAUUCCCUCGGAGGAGUUGCUGAGAGGGGGGAAAAGGAUGGAAUCUCUAUACUAAUUAAGGAAAGAGUAACGAGUUUACCAACCCUAUCUCUGGAAAAAAUACCACCCCUGUAAGUGUGUACGUAUGUGUGAGCAACUGUGCGUGUGUAGCAGCAUGGCAACCGAGAGCCUAGCAAAUGAGUGUACCAAAAGGAUUGAUUGUUAGAGUGAAAUGUUUUUGCACUGUCUGUUUUUUUGUUUUUUUUCUAGGCUUUUCUACAGAAGUCUUUGUCUUUGUGUGUUUGGGGGAUGAGGAAGAAUGCACUUACAACUAUGUGCCAUCAGCAGCACACAGUCCCAGAUCAAUAAACAGGAUGCUUUCCACCACUUCCUGUCCACCCAGAGCCUCGUUCCCCUCCGUGCAUUCACAAGAUGCUGGCCUGUCCGUGACUCUCGCUGCAGCGUUGGAGGUUAUUAGAAAGUGACAGAGUGUGUUUGGCUUUAUUAGAGGUCUGGCUGAUGGGCGGUGUUGCCUGUGUCUGGGUCAUUAUCAACAAGGAGAAUAGCAGAAGGUCAUUGUGUCUGCGUGCUGGCCUCCUCAGCCCCGCUAGUGUAUAGAAAUGCUCUUAUUGACAUUCCUGAAGUCUUAAUAAACAAGGGGACAAAUA